GUCCGGCUGGAAAAUGUUCUGGAGCUCUGUUGGAUUUAUAGAUAUCCUGUGGGGGUUUCUUGCUUUCUGCUUCUUUGCAGCUUUUUGCGCUCACAAAAUCUCCGCACUGCAACCAAAGAGAUAUGAAAAAUUUAGCGUUUAUAUGCUGUUUCAGGAUUUGAUUCGCUACGGAAAAACCAAGCAGAGCCUCAAACGGGAGAAGUGGCUGCGAGUGUUUGACGUUCCGAAAAGAUGGUUCUGGCACUUUUACGCCAUCUCUGUCUGCUGGAAUGGUUUUCUUCUGGCCCUGACCCUUAACGCCAGAUUUGAUAAUCAUUCUUAUCCAUCAUGGCUCACUGCUAUAUUAGACAGGAUGACAGCUGCGUCCAGCUCCCAUGGUCAAGUCCCACAGCUGUCCACGGUCCUGGUGCAGCUACUACUCUGCAUCCACUCCCUCAGAAGACUGCUGGAGUGCCUCUUCGUCAGUGUUUUCUCAGAUGGAGCCAUGCAUUUAGUGCAGUAUCUGUUUGGUUUGGGUUACUACAUUGUCCUGGGGCUGACGGUGCUUUGCUCAGACCCUGCAGGACAAGGGAGGGAAACCCAGCUCGCCGAUCUGAACUUUCUUCACUUGGCAGGAUUGGUUCUUUUUCUGUGGGCCUCAAAGCUGCAGCAUCAGUCAAUUGCUCUGCUGGCCAGACUUCGCACUGGGCAGUCAGGAUCUGUAGAAACACUGGAUCACAAAGUGCCAAAGGGUGGUUGGUUCGAAUGGGUUUCUUGUCCACAUUACUUUGCUGAGCUGUUGAUCUACAUAUCACUGAGUUUGAUCAGUGGAGGACUUUCUUUUACAUUGUGGCUUGCUGUCCUUUAUGUGUUCUUCAACCAGGCAUUGGCGGGACAGCUUUGUCACGAACACUACGUCAGCAAAUAUGAUUCAUAUCCAAAGCAUAGAAGAGCAUUUAUACCUUUUUUGCUGUAAAUCCUCAACAUGUUGUUUCUCUUUUUGUGUUGUUUAAAGUGAACUGGAAAGUUCUUGAAAAUGUAUGUUCCUCUGUGGAAAUGAAAAUGGAUUAAAAAUCACACCGUCAUGGGUUUCUAAGUCAGAUGGAGCCGAGGUGUUUAGUCACUGGAAGAAUAACACUGGGAGUUCUGGUGUGUUUGUGAGCUUUGAUAUAGAAAUAUCUUUAAGUUUGUUGCAAGCUGCUCGUUUGAAGAAUCCGCGAGGAACACCAUGUCACAGCAAGAAGGCUUUUCCGGUCCUGAUGUUUUCUCAUUUUUACAUAAAAAAAAUAAAUAAAUAAAAAAAUAAAAUAAAAAAGAUGAUGUUAUAUAAACAAUCAGCCUAAAUGGGGAAUUUAAAAGUAAUGAAACCCCCAGGUUAAGAGUGUGGGUGUCAUCUUUGACAGCAUCUUAACUUUUCAGCUCCAGUUCAGUAACAUCACAUGCUCAGGCUUCUUCCAUCUGUGACACAUCCACUUCCUCAGCCCCUUCUCAAAGCCAACAGCAUCACCAUCCUGAUGCAUACCCUUGUCACCUCACACCUGGACUAUUGCAACUACUUUUUCUAUGGCCCUCCUCAAAAAUCCCUCUAUAAACUGCAACUCAUCCAAAGCUCAGCUGCCCAGAUCAUCACUCGAAUCCCCUCCACCCUCCACAUCACCCCAGUACUCCAGCACCUCCAUUGGCUCCAUGUUCAUUAAUGCAUAGGUAUCAAGAAUCAGGCCUUUCUGUGUAUAUUUUCUAUGCUCUCUCUGCACUCCAGUUUCCUCCCAUAACCCAAAAACAUGUAUGAGAGGAGAACUGAUGAGAGGUGACUAUCUCUUGUGUCUGCCCUGUGAUGGACUGCUGAGUUCACCCUGCUCACCCAUAGUUAUCUGGGACUGGCUCCAGUGCCCUUCUACCCUGCACAGCAUAAAUUAGUAAAGAAGAUAGCUCACUGUAGCUAUAGUUUGCGUCAACUUACUUCAUACAGAAAUAAUUUUUUUUUGGAGGCAGGGGGGGUAAAUGAAGAAAUUAUUUGAAAAAUGAAUGUCUUGUCAAAGCACAUUUCCCUAAUUUUAAAGGAACCAAUCAGUAUAAUUGUGCCAUUUCUGUUCAUAUUAUUAUUCACUGCAACUAAAAUAUAAUGACGUUACUUGAAUGCUGUACUUGCCAUGAUGUCCUGGUCAACAGCAUUAGCAGCAUCAGAAAUAAACAAAUGCACUCCAGAGAGCCACAACAGCUUCUUCCUUACUGUUGACACAAGACUCCAUCACAUGUUUUUGUAAAUAGUAUUUUUGUUUUUCUUUCAAUGUAAUCACUGGUUUUGCUUACAAUAACCACUGUAUAGCUUGUACAUAUUAAUAUUUUAAAUUACUUUUUUUUAUCCUGUCUUAUUUGAUAUUUAACCUUCUUUUCUGUAU